AAAAAUAAAAUAAAUAAAAAAUUUAGAAAACUAAAAAUUUGACUUUCAAGUAAUGCAAAUUAUUCACGCAUUUUCAUUUUACAUUUACAUUCAGGAAAACACUUUUGUUCAAUUCUACAUGAACUUCACAGAUAACCGUCGAACUGAGUUAGGACACCCCUAUGCUGAUUUUGUAAAAGCCUGCACGUUCAGAGGGAAAGACUGCAACACGGAAAGUUUUUUCUUGGUGUCGUUCUCUCCUAAUUAUGGAAACUGCUACACUUUUAAUCUAAAGCAUAAUCCCCAGGAUACUUUUGGAGGAGAAAGAUUGAGCUCACAGACAGGUCCUAGUUUUGGUCUUAGUCUUGUCCUAAACAUUAACCAGGCUGAUUACAUGUCUAAUGGAUUUACGGCAAAUGGUGGGGCAAGGGUUUCAAUUCAAUCCUCAGACGAUUUUGCUCUACCUGACGAAUUUGGAAUGGACGUUUUUCCAUCAACUACGACAAACUUUGCAAUUCGACAGGUUACAUAUACCCGGCUCCAGUCCCCGUAUGCGAGUAAUUGUACAACAAGCUGGCAAGAAACCAUCUACACAAGCUUUCCAACUACAGAAGAAAGACCGUACUCUAUCAAUCGGUGUAAGCGGUAUUGUCUCCAGGAGACUAUAAUGAACACCUGCUCCUGUUAUCACCCUCUUUAUGUGGAAGAAGACGAUGAUAAACUUAAUUACAGACCUUGUCAGAUAAGUGCAGGAAAAGAUUUUGAUUGCAUUGACCAAAUCAUUCAAGAUUACGAAGUUCAAACGAGAGUGUGUCCCUGUAACGCUGCCUGCCUUGAGACUGAAUAUGAAAUGCUACUCUCCACCUCGCAAUGGCCGUCCACAAAAUACCAGGAUGCCGCAAUAAAGGAGUUUAUGAUGGAUUCUCUACCCCCCAAUCCUGACGGAGUUCAACCUUCACCAACAGACGAGCAGAAAACUACAGCAGGGGAGAAUUUGAUUCAUAUCAAUGUCUACUUCAGCUCCCUCAACUCUAAAUCUAUUUCAGAAGUUAUGGACUUUUCGAGUACGGAUGGAACUCUGAUCAGUGGGUUGGGAGGUGUACUCUCAAUGUACCUUGGGAUUUCGGUUUGUCAAUUACUAGAACUAUUUGAGCUGCUGAUGGACCUGAUUCUUAAUACUUAUCAGUACUGCUCUGGACGGGCUCUGGGCAGAGAAUAUCUAAUCUAACAAGAAACAGCGAAGAAAUGAAAAGAAUUAAAUAAAAGAUUAAGAAACAUUUAAUGAUUUGAAAUUGUUCGAAAUAAACUUUUUUAAAGCUUACAAAAUGUUGUAAAGCGUGUUUAUAAAUUAUGAAUUUAAAAAGAUUUCCAAUA